UACAACACAUAUCCCCGACAGCAAUGGCAAAGCUCGUACUCCUCCUGUCUGCCUUCGCAUUCCUCCUCCUGGCGGCCAACGCCUCCAUCUACCGCGCCACUGUGGAAGUUGAAGGAGAAAACUUGAGCAGUGGGCAGAGUUGCCAAAAGCAGUUCGAGGAGCAGCAAAAAUUCAAGCACUGCCAAAUGUACGUGCAACAGGAGGUCCAGAAGAGCCAAGACGGACACUCGCUCACCGCACGCAUCAACCAGCGACAACAAUGCUUCAAACAAUGCUGCCAGGAGUUGCAGGAAGUAGACAAAAAGUGCCGGUGCCAGAACCUAGAGCAAAUGGUGAAGCGCCAGCAGCAACAGGGGCAGUUCAGAGGUGAGAAGCUUCAGGAACUUUAUGAGACAGCCAGUGAAUUGCCUCGCAUGUGCAACAUUUCACCCAGCCAGGGGUGUCAGUUCAGUUCACCAUACUGGUCUUAUUAGAUCAUCAUCAUCAUCGCCAGCAUAUGGAGAUGUACAUGCGUGAUAUGUGUUGCAGUAGUAGAAAUAAAUAGUUCACUGCUGCUUUGGCUUUUUAGCUGGAGAUUACAGGUGAAUAGGUUGUAGUACUAAUAAUCAAGCACAUCAUCGUGUGUGUCGUUGUUAGUGUGUGGCUAGACUUGAGGAAAAUGUAAUCCGAAAUUUUGUUCUUUUGCUUUUUCCAAUAAAAGUGCUAGCUUAUCUUCUUAUAUAUAUCAAGAGGCUGUUCCCGUGUU